CCGGCGGGAGCCGGGACUCGGAGAGGCGAGAGGGGGGACUGCCCUUCUUGGCCGUCCUCGGAGCGCUUUUAUUCUUCCCAUCUCCUCCUCCGCGUCCCGCCAGCGUGAGUCUCUGCCGGUGGGGUGGGCACCAACGCCGCCCUCCAUCCCCACCCCCCCAGUCAUGCGGUGGUGGAGCAGGCGUCGGCGGGGGAAGACUGGAGCCGGAGAAGUCUGCCUGGCCACUGUGUUUCAGUGCCUCUCUCUCUCCUAGAGCUGCUCUGGAUUGCAAAAGUGGAGGGGGGAACUGAAACGAAAUUUCCCCUUCCCCCCCGACAAGCACAGGUUUAAAGGAAAAGAGGAAAAAACCCAACGCCCCAAGAAGAAAGAGCGAAACUUGAGUUAAGCCCCUGCUGCCCCCCCACCCGCCCGGCCGAGAAGGACUUGCACUGCCGCCCCGACCCGGUUCUGCGGCCGUGGGAACCGGAGCCGAGCCCCGGCGGACGGAGUUCGGUCCCUGCUGGACGCGGCGGGGAUCGGGCGGUCGGCGCCCAUGCACUUUCCGUUUAGGAAGAGGACAAGUAACCAAACCACGUUGUCAAACUGCUGACCCGAGGGGGAGAUGAGAAGACUGUGUGAGGUAUUGACCGUUCGGGGAAUCGAUACAAUUUGUCUAAUGCAACGGGGUAUCGGGAUUAAGUACAUGAGAGGGAAGAGAGGAUCCAUUUACUGAGGGAGAACGGGACAGCUACACCUUGAUACCAAAAAUACUCCCCCCUCCCCGCAGCAGCCAGCCCGGCAGCAGCGACGUACGAGGAGAGGACCCAGCUCCCUGCAGACCGCCGGAUCGAUGACACCGUAUUUGCAAAACCGGCCUAUCGAUCCCACUUGGCAAAACGACUGAUCGAUGCCAGCUUGCUCGUAAGCUGCUUGCUGAACUACCUUCUCCCCGCGCCUCUGCUUUUCCGCCCACGCUUUUUUUUUUUUUUUUUUCUUUUUUUUGCGGGAGGAGAGACACGUUUUUGAUCCCCCCCCCCCAAUCGGGGAGUCAAGGCCCAUCGCAAAUGGCUUCGUUUCCCGAGUCCGACUUCCAGAUCUGCCCGCUGUGCAAGGAGAUGUGCGGCUCGCCGGCUCCCCUCUCGUCCAACUCCUCCACCUCCUCGUCCUCCUCGCAGACCUCCAGCUCCUCCGGGGGCGGCGGCGGCUCCUCCUGCGGGGGCCCGCCGCGGCGGCUCCACGUCCUGCCCUGCCUGCACGCCUUCUGCCGCCAGUGCCUGGAGGCGCAGCGGCACCCCGGCGCGGGGGACGCGCUCAAGCUGCGCUGCCCCAUCUGCGACCAGAAGGUGGUGAUCUCGGAGCCCUCGGGCAUGGACGCGCUGCCCUCCUCCAACUUCCUCCUCAGCAACCUGCUGGACGUCGUCGUGGCGGCCGCCGCCGACGAGCAGAAGAACGGCCGCGCCACCGGGGCCGGCCCGGCCGCGGGGUCGGGCGGGGGCGGCGGCGGCAACAACCGGCACCACGGCCGCCCGCCGCCGGGGCCGCCCCGCGCCGCCGGCUCCUCGCCCGCCGCCGCCGCCUCGGCCGCGCCCUCCUCGACGUCGUCGUCGUCCUCGUCCUCCUCCUCGGGCGGCGGCGGCGGCUCGGCGGCGCUCCUGCUGCGGCGGCCCCACAGCCGGCAGGGCGAGCCCCGCUGCAGCUCCUGCGACGAGGGCAACGCCGCCAGCUCCCGCUGCCUCGACUGCCAGGAGCACCUGUGCGACAACUGCGUGCGGGCGCACCAGCGCGUCCGCCUCACCAAGGACCACUUCAUCGAGCGCUUCGCCGCCGGCCCCGCCGCCGCCGGCCCUGCCGCGCCGCUCGCCCUCAGCCCGCCCUACCCUGCCUCGCCAUACAACAUCCUCUCCGUCUUCCCCGACCGGGCCAGCUACUGCCAGCACCACGACGACGAGGUACUGCAUUUCUACUGUGAUACCUGUUCUGUCCCCAUAUGUCGGGAAUGUACCAUGGGACGACAUGUGGGUCACAGCUUUAUCUACCUCCAAGAUGCCCUACAGGACUCCAGGACUCUCACCAUUCAGCUCCUGGCAGAUGCUCAGCAGGGACGACAGGCUAUUCAACUGAGUAUUGAGCAGGCCCAGGCUGUGGCAGAGCAAGUGGAGAUGAAAGCGAAGGUGGUACAGUCUGAAGUCAAAGUGGUGACCACUAGACACAAGAAAGCCUUGGAAGAGCGGGAGUGUGAGCUGCUCUGGAAGGUGGAAAAGAUUCGCCAAGUCAAGGCCAAGUCACUCUACUUGCAAGUUGAAAAGUUACGUCAGAACCUCAACAAGCUGGAUAACACCAUUAGUGCUGUUCAGCAGGUCCUGGAGGAGGGUCGUACCAUGGAUAUUCUCCUGGCUCGGGACCGCAUGCUGGCUCAGGUACAGGAGCUGAAGAACGUCAGGGGCCUUCUCCAGCCACAGGAAGAUGACAGGAUCAUGUUCACCCCCCCUGACCAGGCAUUGUAUAUGGCCAUUAAAUCAAUGGGCUUUGUCAGCAGCGGGGCUUUUGCUCCCUUGACCAAAGCCACGGGGGAAGGUCUCAAACGUGCGCUGCAGGGAAAGGUGGCCUCCUUCACCGUGAUGGGCUACGACCACGACGGGGAGCCUCGCCUCUCGGGGGGUGACAUGAUCUCCGCAGUGGUCAUGGGCCCAGAUGGAAACCUCUUCGGGGCAGACGUCAGCGAUCAGCAGAACGGGACCUACCUGGUCAGCUAUCGUCCCCAGCUGGAGGGGGAGCACCUGGUGUCCGUGAUGAUGUGCAACCAGCACAUUGAGAACAGCCCCUUCAAAGUGGUGGUGAAGUCCGGGCGCAGCUAUAUCGGCAUCGGGCUGCCGGGGCUGUCCUUCGGCAGCGAGGGAGACAGCGACGGCAAGCUCUGCCGCCCCUGGGGGGUCAGCGUCGACAAAGAAGGCUUCAUCAUCGUCGCCGACCGCAGCAACAACCGCAUCCAGGUGUUCAAGCCGUGCGGGACCUUCCAUCACAAGUUUGGCACGCUGGGCUCCCGGCCGGGCCAGUUCGAUCGUCCCGCCGGCGUGGCCUGUGACGUUUCGCGUAGGAUCGUCGUGGCCGACAAGGACAAUCAUCGCAUCCAGAUCUUCACGUUCGAGGGGCAGUUCAUCCUGAAGUUUGGGGAGAAAGGAACGAAGAACGGGCAGUUCAAUUACCCGUGGGACGUGGCUGUCAAUGCAGAGGGCAAGAUCCUGGUCUCUGACACGAGGAACCAUCGCGUGCAGCUGUUCGGGCCCGACGGCGCGUUCCUGAACAAGUACGGCUUCGAAGGGGCGCUCUGGAAGCACUUUGAUUCCCCCAGAGGUGUGACGUUCAAUCACGAGGGCCACUUGGUAGUGACGGACUUCAACAACCAUCGCCUCCUGGUCAUCCAUCCGGAUUGCCAGUCAGCGCGCUUCCUGGGCUCCGAGGGCACCGGCAACGGCCAGUUCCUGCGCCCGCAGGGAGUGGCGGUGGAUCAGGAAGGGCGCAUCAUCGUGGCCGACUCCAGGAACCACCGGGUGCAGAUAUUCGAGUCCAAUGGUAGCUUUUUAUGCAAGUUUGGCACUCAGGGAAGCGGCUUUGGUCAGAUGGACCGUCCUUCAGGUAUAGCUGUCACCCCUGAUGGCAUGAUUGUUGUGGUCGACUUCGGAAACAAUCGAAUUCUCGUCUUCUGAUCUGUGUUUGAAUUAGGAAGAAACUGUCUCAGGGAAAUUCUUCUAAGAGAAAAUGAAAAAAUACAACGUUAAUUCAAACCUACCUCAUCUUUAAUUUUUUUACAGAUGAAUGUACUUACCUUUUCUGCAGGGAGUGAGCCUGUAAAAUUGAAUUCUAUCUACCUCAUUGUCCUCCCUUCCCUCCCCGGUUUCUCACCCUCUCCCCGUCCCCACAUAUUCAUAGUUCAGAACGUUUUACCUCUUUCCCCCCGAUGGGGUUUCAUGCACAAACAAGUGUUGCUGUGCACAUUAGGUGGUUUGUGUGGUGAGUUCUGUUAGAUUAAGCCAAGAAAGGCGCUAUGUAACUUUUUAAAUGGAGAAAAUGCUAG